CCCUGCAACGAGGAGGUCAACAACGUCAACCAUUUCGUGUAGUCUUUUUGCGUUGUGUAAGAGUGUGCGUAUUUUCCUUUUAAUUGUCUAGGUCGGCAAUUCGAUACGGCGCAGGCUGUUGUGUAUAGAAAGAAAGCUUCUCUUUGUCAGUAUGAAAUACUUUUAUCCCGUAGGAAUGGGGGGAAAUACUCGACAAAAACUGUAAGACAAACGCCGGCGAAAGGUUAGCCAGAAGUGUGUGCAGCUGUUUCAGGGGCUCACGAGGUUUAAACAACCUUUUCGUUUGUCAGUCCGUUCCGAUAAUCGAAAAGGUGACUUCUGCGGACUCAGAAAAUCUCACAAUCGUUUCAUAACGGUUAAACGAAAAAAACAUUGUCUAUACUCCCAAAAAAACGUACAUUGACUCAGCUAAUCAAACCUUGUUUUCUGUAAGUUUUACCAUUAGGCGUUUAAAACACUGCUCAACAAACAAUUCAUCAGCCGCAUUUUUUCCUUGGGUUUUUUGCAUUUAUAUGUUUACCGACGCGUGUGUGGCUCCUCGGCAAUUCCGCGGAGCACCCGGCUCUUAGGCUUUGACUAGGCAACGACCCAGUAGUAGACACUCCGCCAAUUAGCCAGAACCAACUUUUGUCCUUUUUUUUUGUAAUUGCAGUCAUGACAAGCUUACAAACAAUGGAGGUCAGCACGCCUCCUCCUGCCAUGUUAAACAAUCAACUUGUUGACGAAGUUGCUUCCAAUGCUCGCACCAGAGCUAUUCCCUGGAGAGCCUAUGAGCGUUCACAUGUCAUUGACGAGAAACUUUGCGAAAAGGUGCUCAAACUAGAUGGUCUUAACCUGGAUGCACGCGUCCAGGUUGUGUUAGAGAAUGGUGAUGCCUAUACACAGGUCUUUUUAAAGAUGUUACAAAUUGAAGGACACGAUGAUAUUUUUGCGUUUGCUUGCAUCAAUAUUUCCGACAUUCUUUUGGUAUCCAGAGACUGGGCAAACAUAUUUGUUCCCUUGUUUUUUGAGAUGCUUGGCUCCAAAAGUUGGAUAGAGAGCUUGGCUUCUGACGAAAAGCUUUUGUUUGUUAAACUGUUUGCCUUGGCCUGCGUGUAUCAACCAUGCACAGCUGCCAAAGAAUUUACGUUCGUUUUGGAAUACCUGGGCUCCUUGUUGUCUGAUUCUGCCGACACUCAAUUGAAGCUUUUUGCAGCACAAUGUGUAGUGGCCAUUUUGUACUUAAAACCCCACCGCCGUGCCUUUUGGACUGAAAAGUCGUGUUCUAUGCGCCUUGUGGAGAUGCUCCGAACAGUGUCGGGCGAUCCUCAGUUGCUUUACUAUGGUCUCUUGAAUUUGUGGCUUCUCAGUUUUGAACCAGAAAUUGCCAAGGAGAUGAACAAGCGGUUCUCAUGCAUUUCAUUGUUGGCUGAGAUUGCUCGUGCUGAUCAAAAAGAAAAGAUCUAUCGCAUUGUUCUAGCUAUUUUCGUGAACUUGCUUAAAUACGCACGUGAAGAGAAUGCAAGUACAGUUUUGCUGGAACGUGUGGACAGUCUUGUUAAAACCCUUCAGCAUCGUAAGUGGUCUGAUGAGGAUCUCGUGGCUAGCCUUACUUACUUGGAUGAAACUCUGGCUGAGUGCUCUCGUCAGCUUUCCAACUUUGAUAUAUACAAAACCGAAGUCGAGAGCGGACAUUUGCAUUGGUCGCCGUCUCACCGAUCAGAAGAAUUUUGGGCUAGAAAUGUGAAGAAACUGAACGACGAUGAUUCUGCUGUGUUGAAACAACUCAUUAACAUUCUUCAAAACCCUCAAGAUGUGAAGAGUUUGGCAGUUGCUUGUCAUGAUAUUGGUUGUUAUCUGCAACAUUAUCCAGAGGGUCGCAGCUUUGUCAUAAAAUAUGGUGCCAAGCCUAUCAUUAUGCAGCUAAUGAAUCACUCCAACUCGGAAGUCCGUUUUGAGGCUCUUUCUACGGUUCAACGUUUAAUGAGUCAGGUCUGGAAUGACUAAAGUCUACCGGGAGUUUCAUACAUACCGCUCUUACUAUCUACCACUAAUAUACGUAAUAAAUACAGGUAUCUUUCUUUUUUUCCUUACUCUUAAUAUUACACUUUUUUCCUUGAACCGCAGUGUCAUAAACUUAAAUUUAUAAAAUUAACGAGCGUACAGAGUUAUUGUUGUGCCGA